AUGAAAGUAAUUAAACGUAAUUCAGAAGAUAAAAGUAGUUCCAAUAUGUCUCAAACAAGUUCAUCAUCGAUUUCUAAUGAUACACAAAAAAGUCCAUCAUUUGACGAUACGAAUAAUUACAAUCAAGAUAAAUCUAUUAGAAAAAUUGUUUCACCAUCAUAUGAAAUGCAAACCAAUGAAAACGAACAUAAUCAUACAACUGAAGUUCCCAUUAAACAACCACAGGCAAUUCAACAAACACGUACAUUAGCACAGAUUCGAGAGCAACUUGCAUUAAAACGAAAAGCUUCAGCUUCGGCAGCUUCAAACUCCAUAGCAAGCACAGCAAAUAAUCUGUCAUCAAGUCCAAUAGCUAAUACGAUUAAAAAUGAACCAACUAUACAAAAUGAACCUAGCUAUCAAACUAUACGAUCACCUUCUGUGAAUAAUUCAGCACUGUCAACGAAAAUUCAACAAACAGAAUAUUUAACGACAAAUACAAUCUUACCUUCAUCUUUAUUUACAAAUCAACAAACGUCGAAUGAUUCUCUUUUGAAUACAACAAAUCACAAUAAUAAUUCAGUGAGUCAAUUUUUAUUUGACGAUUUCCCUGAAACAUUGGAUCUAUUAACUGCAUCAAUGCUCGAUAAUAUCAAUGAAUCGACGACAAAUCAUUCAAGUUCACAAUCUAAUCAACAAAAAAAUCAACAAACAAUAAUAAACGGUCAAAUUACCGUCGAUUUUGAUAGUAUUUUACAAGAAUUAAAAUCCGUUGGUCAAGCACAUCAAUCCGAACGAGAAACACGAAUGAUUGUAGAGAAUAUUACAGCCAAUAUUAAACAAGAAUCACAAACUGAUUCGCAGAGUCAAUCAAUAAAUCCUAAUGAAACGACUUCACAUAAAUAUCAAACGACAUCCGACGAUUUCCUUGCAUUUUUAUCAUCAGAUCCCACAGCAUCAUUACCAAGUAUAAAUACUAUGAUGCUUUCAACAAUGCCUAGCCCAACAAUAACAACAUCGCCUGUUCAAACACCAAAAAGGAAAGGCGCAAAAUCGAAUAGUACAUCACCGAAAAUAAAAAAAGAAACCGGUUCUGUCAUUAAAAGUAAAACAAUCAGAAAAAUGAAAAAAGAUGUGCUUGACGGUGAAUCAUUACAACAAAUAUUAAUAAAAAGUAAUGGUGAAUUUGUUGAACCGAUGCAUAUUGUUCUUGCAUCACCUAUUAAACAACAACCAUCAACAACCUCUUAUUCACCUAUUGCACCAGCCACUCAGAAAAAGACUAGUAGUGAAACAACAUCCAGUUGGAUAACAACAAAUAUUUCACAAACAACAAAAAAUGCUCAAGCACUGGCUCUGAAAGCGGUUGCAAGAAAUCAAGUUGCGAAAAUUAAUCUUCAACAACAACAACAACAACAACAACAGCAACAUCAUCAUCAAGCAAUGGAUACCGGUAACUAUGAUGCAUCUUUAUCACGUCCAACAUUGCUUGUUGCUCGUACCGAUGCUUCAUCAACAUCUCAUACACAACAACAAACGCUACAAGCACGUUUAAAUGCUUUUGUUGUCAAUGUACCUCAACAACAAUCUGCCAAAUUAAUUCCUACAAGUACAACAGCAACAUUAACACCACAACAACAAGUAUUCUUACAGCAAAUCAUUCGACGUGAUUCGACAUCUAUGACAACAGCAGCGGCAAUUUCAGAAACAACCACAACAUCAGUUGGAAAUCUUGUUCAACAACAUCAACAAGCCGUAUCUACUUCGGUUCGUGUUCCAACAACAAGUUCAACAACGACAUUUAUUCAGCAACAACAACAAACAUCAGCACGUUCAAUUCAUCAAUCAUCUAAUGGAAAUGAUGCUGCACGAAAGCAACAAUUAUUUGAAUCUCUUUCAUUGUCAUUAACAAAUAACCGAACCAUGAAUUAUAAAUGUACAUGUGAAUGUAAACCAUUAAUUGCAUGCAAGAAAUGCGGUGCAUAUUGUCACGAUGAUUGUAUUGGACAAACAAAAUUAUGCGGCAAUUGUCUUGUUGUGACACCGUGUUAG